AUGGAAAAUGAGGGCCGUCCACCUUCGUACAACACUUCGACUCUUGCUGAUAUCUAUGCUGGGUCAUCUCGGAACGUGCUGAUUACGUCUGGCUUCAACCUCUCCUCCGUGACACUGCCUAGGUCCCCGGCUUCCGCCAGCAGCAGCAGUAGCAGCAACUUUGAAUCGUUUUAUGAUCCUUCACCGGAAGUAUUUGCUCAGGAUAUCCGGAGGGCUGUAAAACGAUUAGUGCAGCGUGGACCAAGAUAUGCUCAUACGGUGCCGCCUGUCGUACCUACGAGCUCCCGGCGACCGCUGAGUACAGAAAAACGUCCUCCAACGUUCCUGCCAAAACGUACCCCAGCCAUAUCAGACUUUGAAAAUGUGACCUAUCGCUUCGAACCAUCAUAUACGCUCCCCAAUACGAUGACCCUCGUCCCUCAAUACGAAGUAGAUGAGAGCAAGGAUCGCUACACGGUCAAUGUAAACAUGAAUUGCUUCAUGCCAACAUCAUUCGUCACACGGAUAUUCAACAUGAGCAACCUGAUCGGUGAAUUCGAGAUGGGGAUCAUUAACACCGAAGUCUCGAGCAAGGUCAGGAUUGGUGAUAAAUUGUUCAACAUUGCGAAUAUCUUGAGUAAGAAUGGAGGCCGCGAUUCGGGUACCUGGUUUUGGAACCCACUUGCAUUUGGUACAAAAUUUUGCUUGAAGUGGGACUACAGCACCCGGCCAUGUACAUGUUCCUCAACAGUGGGCGGGAUGGAUGUUCUGGCAACAUUCACCAGCCCCUUCGGUCUGAAUGAGGGCAGCAACCCACCGAUGCUGGAAGUCACACCCGCGGGCCGGGAAGAGAACUUGUUCCAACAUAUUUUGAUAUCACUCCUGAUCGUCGAGAGGAAGAGGCUGACGCCUGAUCGGGAUAAGAUGCCAAUUGCCCUCCUCAAGGCUUACGGCUCCUUGAGAGCGACGACCAACAUACUCAUGAAGGCCUACCAGGGGAAUCGUCUGGAAACGAAUAUCCUUUUGAUACACUCUUUUACAGGGAUUCACUCAUUCGUUCUUUCACCUCGUCGCUCCUUCAAGUAUACCCAUUACCCUAAUGACUUCAGACUCAAAAUCUGA